AUGGCAAGGAUGAGGAGCCUGUGUUUCUUGGCUGUUGUGCUUGCAGCCCUAGGCGGGUGCCUGGGCUCGGAGCAGGACGCGCAGUGCCCCGGCGCCAUCGCGGUGCAGAAGCGCAUUGACUGCCACCCGCAGCCCGGCGCUUCCCAGGAGGCCUGCGAGGCGCGGGGCUGCACCUGGUGCUCCAGCGAUGUGCCCAACGCUCCCUGGUGCUUCUUCCCCGAGAACAGUCCCUACGGCUACGCCCGCAGUGGGAACGCCGAGCAGACCGACAAGGGCUGGAGAGUCACGCUGAACAAGCGCCAGGCCUUGUCCCUCUUCGGAAGUGACAUUUCCCCGAUCGUCUUGGAAGUGGAGUUCCAGACAAAGGACAGACUCCGGUUCAGGCUCUACGACCCCAACGCGCAGCGGUUUGAAGUCCCACUCAAGAUCAAUGGCCCCGGGGUUACCGCUGAGGAAGCCAACUAUGAGGUGGAGUUCUCGGAUGAUUCCACACACUUCACGAUCAAGAGGAAAAGCACUGGCACCGUGCUGUGGAGCAGUCCCCUGGUUGAUCUGUUUUUCUCCAACCAGUUCCUUCAGAUCACCACCACUGUGCCAUCCACUUCUGUGUAUGGGUUUGGUGAACAUGAGCACCCGACCUUCAAGCACAACAUGGACUUUGUUACCUAUGGCAUGUACAGCAGGGACCAGGCACCAACGUCAUUUGCCAACCUCUAUGGAGUUCACCCUUUCUACAUGUGCGUAGAACCAGACUCCAAUGCCCACGGUGUUCUCCUUCUGAACUCCAAUGCCCAAGAUGUUACUCUGUCUCCAAACCCAUCUUUAACUUUCCGCACGAUUGGAGGGAUCCUGGACUUCUAUCUCUUCAUGGGACCGACUCCUGAAAACGUGGUUCAGCAGUACACUGAGGCCAUUGGACGCCCACACAUGCCAGCCUACUGGUCUCUGGGAUUCCAGCUCUCCCGCUGGGGCUAUAACAGCCUUGAUGUUUUAAAGGAAACUGUCAGUCGCAUGAAGCACUAUGACAUCCCAUAUGAUGUCCAACAUUAUGAUAUUGACUACAUGGAACGUCGCCUGGACUUUACCUAUGAUAAAGUGAAUUUUGCUGGUCUGCCAGAGUUCAUGAAGGAGAUGAAGAAGAAUGGAAAGCACAAUGUUGUGAUUCUGGACCCUUUCAUAACCAAGGAUGAGGAGCCAGGCACUUACAGACCUUAUGAACUCGGCCAGGAAAUGGGAGUGUGGGUGAACAACUCUGAUGGCGUGACUCCUGCUGUUGGGCAGGCCUGGCCUCCUGGAGAUUCUGUGUUUCCUGACUACACCAACCCCAGGACAGUGGAAUGGUGGACCCAGUUGUGUCUGGAGUUCAAGGACGUCCUUGACUACGAUGGCAUCUGGAUUGAUAUGAAUGAACCAUCCAAUUUCAUGAGAGGCCAGAUGCCUGGUUGUGCUGAUACUGAAAUCAAUAAUCCUCCUUACGUUCCUAGCAAACAAAGCAACAGCAGCUACAGCAUCCAUAGCAAACAGAGCCGGAGCGCGCUGACAGCCUCUGGCCGCGGCCCUUUCCCCUCCGUGCAGUUCCGGGCACGGCCGGCAGGGGCGCUGCUGCUCCCGGCGGGCGGGGCGGGUGCCGUGAUUGCCCCGCGCCUGCAGGGGACGCUGUGGCGUGGGCUCGGGGAGCGCACGGCAAUGGCGGCUGGGCCCAGCGUUGUCCAGCAGGCUACUGGAAAGCGGGCAUUUGUCUUGAGUCGCUCCACGUUCGUUGGCAGCGGCAAGUACGGUGCUCACUGGCUUGGUGACAACUUCUCUCAGUGGAAGGACCUGCGCCGCUCAGUCAUUGGAAUCCUGGAGUUCAACCUCUUUGGCAUUCCCUAUAUUGGUGCUGAUAUCUGUGGGUUUAACUACAACACUACCUAUGAACUCUGCCUGCGCUGGAUGCAGCUUGGCUCUUUCUAUCCAUUUUCCAGAAAUCACAAUUCGGAGGGAAACAUAGAACAAGACCCAGCUGUGUUUGGAGAUGCUUUUGCCAAGAUAUCUCGUGCUACUCUUCGGAUCAGAUACUCUCUGCUGCCAUACUUAUACACGCUGUUCUACGAGUCUCAUGUUCACGGAGGCACGGUGGGUCUUAAAGUGCCGAAUUCCUGGAAGAAGAGCUAUGUUACUGUGUCUGCCCCACUGAACAAGAUCCCUCUGUACAUCCGUGGAGGGUACAUUCUGCCUCAGCAGGCACCAGCCACAACCACUACUGAGAGCCGCCUGAACCCAUUUGGACUCAUUAUUGCCCUGGAUGAACAAGGACAAGCUUCUGGAUCUCUCUUCUGGGAUGAUGGUGAUUCCAUUGAUACUAUUGAAAAAGAGAACUACUUCUUGGCUAAAUACACAUUCAGCAAAGGAAGCCUGAAGACUGAAAUAGUUAAAAAUGGCUACCGUGGAGCUGACACUCUGAAGUACAACAAAAUUACCGUUCUUGGCCUGAAACUGAGACCUCAGGCUGUGUCUCUGAAUGGAAGAUCCAUCCGUGGAGAUGCUUUGACUUACGAGAUGAGUGGGGAAAUACACGAAGUCACGCGCAUGAGUACUGAAGCCAGCACCCGGGUGAUGGAGGAGGAUGUAGCAGUUUGGGCACUGCUGCUGUUGGGUUCAGAAAUCCGGUAA